AUGAAACAAUUAUCUCUGAAAAUAUGCCAGAGCGACAGAUCAAGAAACCUCGGUUAUCCCUCAGUUGCAUUGUCUGUCGACGACGAAAGGGCAAUGGUCCGUGAUGAGUCUACUGGUCGUGUACGACCAGUAUCACCCAAAGACUCUCGAGAUCCUCGAGACUCCAGAGAGUCCAGAGACUCCAAUGUUCGCCAAGACCUCCCUUGGCUCCAAGACGCGUAUCCAAAACCGUCUAGACCUCCUUCUCACAGUCUUUCACCACAAUACCCAAUAGUACCUUCAUGGGAAGAGGCUAUACAACUGCCCAGUUAUGAGGUUCCUGGUAGCUCGACAACUACUCGCGAUCCCUCCCCUGUGCCAAGCUCCAUCCCGACCCUCAACCCCCUCUGUCGCGAUUAUUUGAGUAUACGACGAGGUGGCCGCGUGCGAUAUAUUGGUCAAAAUUUCUGGGGAUUCGUUGCUGGAAAGGAGAGUCUGAGCGAUGAUUUCUUCGACGAAAACCGGCAUGCUCACCCCGAUCUUCCCCUUCCACAUAUCUCCUCGGUGGGCAUGUUUAAUCUCCUACGGUCGCUACCUACCAAGCCCGUGAGUGAUGCCCUGUUAGAGACGUUCUUCCUGGCCGUGUGGCCCCUUGCUCCUCUCCUACACCCGCCUUCCCUACAGGCAGAUUACGACGAGUUCUGGAAUUGGUGUCGGAACAACAAGACUGCUUUCCCCUCGGAUAAAUUUCGCGAUGAUCCUACCUUUAUAUGCCUUCUUUUUGCAGUCCUGUACUGUGGCGCAUCUGCUGCACCACCAGCCAGCUUUACCUACACGAGCCUUCGGGGUCUACAGAAGGAGACGACAGUGAGCCACCUCAAGUCGGCAUAUACGACGAGUCUUUCCCUAUCUCAGCAUCUCGAACAUCCAACAUUCAAUACACUAGUUUCAACGCUGCUAACGGGGCCGUUCCUGGACCGACCAUUCGAACCUAUGCGUGGUCUGGUUAAUGUGAGCACUACAGUGCGCAUUGCCCAGACUAUGGGUUUACAUCGGGAGGGAACAUGGUCUGCGCUGAGUCGCGUUGAUAAAGAAAUUCGACGUCGCGUCUGGUGGCAUAUUGUUUGGCUCGAUGUGCAGUCGAGCAUCUCCACGGGGCUGGCCCCAUGUUGUGGGAACGAGGCCUUGGAGACUGUGAGCAUGAUUGACGCUCACCAUGAAGAGCCCAGCGAUAUCCCUGCUGGAAUUCCCCCCACCGACUCUGUGACUAAUGGAAAAUCGGUGGCCAUGCUAUACGCUAUCGGACGCUUUCGAACUGCUCACUUGCAAGUGAAGAUCAUAGCGCAGCUACAGAGCGCGCAGGGUCCAACCCAGAAUGGGUUUGGUGAACUUGUCACAGAUGCCAAGGACCUUCUGCAGGCGAUCGACUCAAUUAUUACACGCAUUCCUAUGCAGGGAAUCCCUGAAAGGGGUUAUAUCCCAUCCCGUCUGGCCAAUGCAUCACCAUCCACGCAUCCCUCGUUGUACAAGGAUGAUGCAAGGCAGCCAACCGUCUUUGCAGCAUGGACGCGAAUUAUGCUAACGUUGCUAAAAUCGGAAAUAGCAGUUUUACUUCGGAAACCAUUUCUGCCACCCCCCGACAGUACGAAUGCGCAAUCACGCAAGUCAUGGACUAGCAUGUCGCAGCUUUGCGUGAAUUACUUACGUAUCUACCUGCAGCUGUAUCAAGCCCCUGCGUUCUCCCCGUACGCAUGGUUCUUCUGCAGCUACUAUGGCCCUCUCCAAUGCGUAUUCAUCACCCUAGUAUAUCUCCAUUCGUUCCAGGACUCUGAAGAAACCUUGCUGGCCCGAUAUUGCGUUGAUGAGGUUAUCCAUCACUGUGUGGCCCAAUAUCAAGAUCCAGAUAGCUCCUCAACUAGGACCAACUCUGAAGAUACCCAGUCCAAUGGGAGCAGGACGCGGAUGCCGUUGGUCAUCCAGGUUCUCGUCGAUCUUCACGAACGCCUCGACUCAUCUCUCGGCGCUGAAGACCAGCUCCCACUGCCAUUGGACGUGAUCGAGGGCCAAGCCGGCUUUCCUACAUCGCGCCUUUCUACCAAGGUAUCCGAGUUACGCGCGACAUCCAACCAUUCCUCUUCUGAUGCAUCUUCUUCUACGACUCGCACCAACCGCAAUUGUGAGACCCCAUCUAUGCCCACGGGACCUCCUCCAGUGGUUACUGGUGACAAACCAGGCCCGCCGCACAAUGUCUUGGUGGCUGGAAGUGACUCUGGCUUAGAUAUGGACUUCCUUGCUACCAUUUCGGACCUAGAGGCCUGGUCCUCUUCAUUGAUUCUGGAAUCUGACAACUUCCUCGCACAUCCUGAUAAUAUAACGCCUGAUCAUGCUGUAAUAACAGGGUUAGGCGCACACAGUACAUCGUCUAGUGCCCGUGGCCUGCAUGAAGGGCUCGAUUUCCCAGCGUAA